AAGAAGGGAACGAUGGUGGAUAGGUAGGCUACGCAUCAAGCUUGAUGAUAUCUAUCGACAAGCGAUCGAUUUCCAACAGUUCACUAGAACUAAUAGAUCGUAUAUCACUUAUUUGUUGCUACUAGCAUUGUAGCUAGCUUCCGUAAAACGAAGCCCUGGAACAUACAAAAAUGCCGAACAUUAAGAUAUUCAGCGGUAGCUCGCAUCGGGAACUGUCUCACAAAAUUGCUGACCGUCUUGGGAUGGAACUCGGGAAGGUUGUCACCAAGAAAUUCAGCAAUCAAGAAACAUGUGUUGAGAUCGGAGAGAGUGUGCGUGGAGAGGAUGUCUACAUCGUACAGAGCGGCUGUGGGGAGAUCAAUGAUAAUCUGAUGGAGCUGCUGAUUAUGAUCAAUGCGUGUAAGAUCGCCUCGGCCUCCCGUGUCACAGCCGUCAUCCCCUGCUUCCCCUACUCACGGCAGGACAAGAAGGACAAGGUGGGGAGUCGAGCGCCUAUCUCAGCCAAGCUGGUGGCUAACAUGCUGUCUGUGUCUGGGGCUGAUCACAUCAUCACUAUGGAUCUCCACGCCUCACAGAUCCAGGGUUUCUUCGACAUCCCGGUGGAUAACCUGUAUGCUGAGCCUGCUGUACUGAAGUGGAUCAAGGAGAACAUCGCAGAGUGGAAGACCUGCACUAUCGUCUCUCCAGACGCAGGGGGUGCCAAGAGAGUGACUUCCAUAGCGGACAGGCUCAAUGUGGACUUUGCUCUGAUCCACAAAGAGAGAAAGAAGGCCAAUGAGGUGGAUCGCAUGGUGUUGGUCGGGGACGUCACGGACCGGGUGGCCAUCUUGGUGGAUGACAUGGCAGACACCUGUGGUACUAUCUGUCACGCGGCCGACAAGCUGAUCUCAGCUGGUGCUACCAAGGUGUAUGCCAUUCUGACCCACGGUAUCUUCUCUGGCCCGGCCAUCUCACGCAUCAACAACGCCUGCUUCGAGGCCGUGGUCGUCACCAACACUAUCCCUCAGGAGGAGAAGAUGAAGACCUGUCCUAAGAUACAGGUGAUUGACAUCUCUAUGAUCUUGGCAGAGGCCAUCCGCAGGACCCACAACGGAGAAUCUGUCUCCUACCUCUUCAGCCACGUCCCCUUGUAACAUCACACACACACUGAGUCAUUUGGGGCACUGUUCAGUAGGGGACAACAGAACAUUCAGAUAGAACAGACACGGCCAUCUCUCAUGCAGAAUAGGGAAUUUGGGGAACAGAUGAUAUGAUUGUCUUUCAGGUAGACUAAGGAAUGCAGAGUAGGCUCUUCAUUCCAUUUCUAUGCCCAGUAUUCUGGAAUGUUUCUCAUCACUGAAUAGAUUCCAGCCCUACUAUUCUGUUACACCAGAAAGAGGAAGAGCGGGAAUGUCCUAUACAAACACCAGUGUUGGGCUCGAUUCCAUUUCAAUUCCAGUCAAUUCAAGAUGUAUACUGACAUUCCAAUUCUUUUCAAUUAGGAAAAUGUGGAAUUGGAAUGAGGUUUACUUAAUGAAUUGACCCCAACCGGGAGAAACACCACCAUUAUAAUCACAUCGCUCUGCUGCUAUUGCUAACUAACCACGUAAUAAUUACAAUUAGGAUUAAUGAUGACAUGUUCAUUUUGAGUCCCUCUCUCACCCCUAAACAGUGUUUGCAUCCCAAAUGGCACCUAUUUCCUACAUAGUGACCUUCUUUUGACUAGUGCCCAAUGGGCCCUGGUCAAAAGUAGUGCACUACAUGGGGAAUAGGGUGCCAUUUGGGACAUGUCUAUCAGGGUCAAAAGAGGUCAGUGUUGAUUAUUUAUUGUCACCUAAUGCCAACAGUUGUUCAUAAUAAUGCUGUUACAAUACUUCUAUGUUACAAAAAGAGGGUGGGAGACGGUUGGAUGUUGACUGACUUCAGGUAUUUUAUUAUUUAGUUUUUCUUUUCAUUUGGAUUCGGUUGAAAGAUGAGGCUCAUAAUGAGCUAAGUGAAUGAGCUAUAGUUGACAGUGCCACUGAUGUUCAUCUGGGUGAUUCACAAGUCUUUUUAAAGGGGCAAUCUAGGAUUGGUACUUCUAAUUUUUGGACAUAAUGGUAUAUAGCCCACUGAUUCUUGAAGAUUUUAACUUAUAAAUGCCUCUAUGAUCCUCAUGAUCUGCAUCCCUAGCUCUGUCUAGGAAUUUGAGAGUGAGUACAUUCCUCCAACCCCAUCCCUCACCUGUUGACCUAAACAAGUACUGGGGGGGGCUUUUCGAAUUGCGGAUUGCCCCUCUUAAGACUAUUGGGAAUCAUUCUUUCAGUGGGUGCAGAGGAGGCAGGUUUUGCUCUUCGAAGUUGACGUCUAGAAGCUGUUGGUUUUUAGCUCUGCAGGAUGGAGCUUCCAAGAAAAGUGCUAUUUUUAUUUAAUUUUUUUUCAAUAACAUUUGUAUCAUAAACUCUCGAAAGAGUGGUAUCUGUCUGACUUUAAAGUUUAAUGUACAGUUGAAGUCGGAAGUUUACAUACACUUAGGUUGGAGUCCAUUAAAACUUGUUUACCAACCACUCCACAAAUUUCUUGUU